UGUGAAACGCACCACAACUGCCAUCGUCUACUACUCCUUUAGUCUAACGUUGUUGCGAGACGAGGCUAGCGCUAUCCUGAUCUACGAGGCGAACGCCACCAUGUCAUUCGAAACCUACAUACAGCGCGCGGAUAACUACAUCACGAAACAGAUCCACAAGUUUGAGCAACAGAAACGCGGAACCAGAUCACCACCUCGUGCAAAUGGAUAUCACCAAAUGCCUGUCUUAAAUCGACAACAGCAAGGCCGACCGCCGUCUCAAAGUGGCUAUCCGGGCAGCCCGGCCCCACAAGGUGGUCCACCCUCAGUGCCGCAAGGCUGGAUACAGGAGUUCGAUGCAAGAAGUCAACGCUGGUAUUACAUUGAGAGAGCAACAGGACGAAGUCAAUGGGAGCCACCAUCCUUCGCCCCGUCGCGCGCCGCUACGUUUCAGCCUGACGUCCGCAUGCCCAAUCCAUACGAUCGCUUCACCCGGGACGACGAGCAGAGUCAGCGGUGGCGCGCGCGAUCCAAUUCUCAGCCACAACGGCCAGGGUCAGGUGUAAGUGGCCAUGGACAGUUCCUCGAUCCAAGACAAAACGAAGGAGGUGGAGGCGGAAGGGCAAGUCCGGGUGGAAUGCACACCCAGCUACCACCGGGAUCACAUUACGAUAUGAAGACGGGGAAAGUGGUUAGCAGUAUGUUUCCGGAGGGCCAAACCCACCACAGCUGGCAACAGGAGAUACAGAGGAUAUGAUAUUUGCCAAGGAUGUUGGAGAAGGAAUUAGGGCGACAUAGAUAGUGUCACCGGAAUGGAGUUCUUGCUUUAGGGAAAGGAGACCUUCGACGAGUCGAUGAAUCCUGGUGUUGUUGGUCUUUGAUGGAAUGUCUG